GGAAUGGGUCUAUUUUUACUCGGCACGCUGACGCUGGUGAUCACUUUCACUGGAAACGCGCACGCAGGCAACCUUGUGAAGCGGAGUCUGAAAAACACGGUACCCUGCUUAGAGGAUGGACGGUUUUACAGAAAUCCCGACCGAUUGGAGCACAAAAUGUGGACCAACAACGAGUGCGCCAAGUACUAUCUCUGCCUCGACGGGGAAGUGUUCGAGUUCAAGUGUUCCGUGGGGCUGCUGUUCGACGUGUCUCGUCAAAUAUGCGAUUUCAAGCAGAAUGUAGAGAAUUGCGACGUUACCGCCGAGGCUCGUGUACCGAAGCCACUGCUUGAGAACGCGAAAUGUGAAGAACGAUCUCAGCUCGGCUGUGGCGAUGGAACGUGUCUACCGAAUGAGUACUUUUGCGAUGGGUCCGUCGACUGUGAGGACGGGUCGGACGAGGGCUGGUGUGACGUGGAGAACGACCCGAACGCGGCCGACCCCUGCGACCCGUCCGUGUGCGAGCUUCCCGAGUGCUUCUGCUCCAAGGAUGGGACGCUCAUCCCUGGACGGCUCGAGCGUUACCACACGCCCCAGAUGAUUCUGCUCACGUUCGACGAUGCGAUCAACUUCGAGAACUGGGAGCUCUACACGGAAAAGAUCUUUACGCCGGCACGCAAAAACCCCAACGGUUGUCCGAUCCGAGGCACGUUCUACAUUUCGCACCAGUACACGAACUAUGCGCAAGUGCAGCGGAUGUGGAACGAUGGGCACGAGAUCGCCAUCCACUCGAUCACCCACCGGGGGCCGGAAGAAUGGUGGUCACGGAAUGCCACCAUUGAGGACUGGUUCGACGAGAUGGUGGGCCAGGCGAACAUUAUCAAUCGAUUCUCGAACGUGCGCAUGGAGGAGCUGCGUGGAAUGCGGGUACCGUUCCUGCGAGUCGGCUGGAACAGGCAGUUUCUAAUGAUGAAAGAGUUUGGCUUCGUGUACGAUUCGUCGAUGGUGGCACCCUUCUCGAAUCCGCCGCUGUGGCCGUACACACUCGAUUAUAAGAUGCCGCACGCGUGCAACGGUAACAAUCAGUACUGUCCGUCCCGGAGCUACCCGGGCAUCUGGGAGAUGGUGAUGAACCAGCUGGAGGCAGGCGAGUACACGUGCGGUAUGGUGGACACUUGCCCGCCGCAUAUGAACGGCGAGGACGUUUAUCGGAUGUUCGUGCACAACUUCAAGCGCCAUUACCAUUCGAACCGUGCUCCGCUCGGCCUGUACUUCCAUUCUACCUGGUUCCGCAAGCAGGAAUAUCUUGAUGCCUUUUUAAGAUUCCUUGACGAUAUGGCAAAGCAUCCGGACGUGUACUUCGUGACCAACUUCCAAGCGGUCGAGUGGAUGCGCAACCCAACCGUUUCGAAUCAGCUCGGCCACUUCGAACCAUGGCAAUGCCGACCGAGGCAGUUCGAUCCGCAGGAACAGGCGUGCAAUCUUCCGCGAACUUGCAAGCUGCAUAGCCGCGUCCUACAGCAGGAUCGCUAUCUUUACACCUGCAACGAGUGUCCGGCACAAUAUCCCUGGAUACGGAACGAGUUCGGACUGGACUGAAGUAAACCAUCCUUUCGGUGGCUUUAGCUUUAGCGUUACUUUCUGUUUUGUUUCUCGUUUUUGUAGGAUGGAAUUUAUUUACACUAUAAGAACAACUCAACACCGAUUAGAAUGUAAACAAACGAAUGUUUAGGUCUACGAAAUCCAAGAUUUUCAUGUUGUUUUGUUAAAUUGUUGUCUGUUGCAAUUCUCCUUU